GUUCAUAAAUGUAAGGCAACUGAUGACUGUUAUCAUGCUGAAAUGUAAGGUAAUGUAUAACUAUUAUCCUGCUGAAAUGUAAGGUAAUGUAUGACUGUUAUCAUGCUGAAAUAUAAGGUAAUGGAUGACUGUUAUUAUGCUGAAAUGGCAGUUUGUUUGUCAUGUGUCCCUGAAAGGACUCCCACACUUCUAGUCAAGCAUUCCUGCUGGCUUUAUCCGUAUCAUCCUGUACCUCCCUUGCUCCUACUGGUACUCAGGACAACUCUCCUCUGCCCUCCCCUCCACCUCCUCAUCCUUCAGGUAAUGCAGGGGGAGAAGCCGUGGGCUCUGAUCUCAGAGGUGGGCGGAGAACAUGGCUACCUGGAGGAGCUGGCUGACAUUCUACAACAACACUUUAGAACUGUCUGCUACAGCGAACUUCUACUACACAGAGAGCUGUAUGGCCCCAGGAUACAGGCCCUGUUCAUCUGGAAGUUUUGUCCCCUGCCAGACCGCUCCCUGUUGAUGUCCCUGCCAGCCCUGAAGGUGAUCUCCAGUGGUGGGGUUGGGGUGGACCACCUGGACCUGACCUUUAUUAACAGCCUGGGGGUCAAGGUCACCAACACCCCCCAUGUGGUCAGCGACGCCACAGCAGACAUGGCCAUGGCGCUCCUUCUGUCUUCCGCACGCAAGAUCUUAGAGGGUGACAUUAGAUGUCACAGAAUCUCUGUUGCCCCUGAGACCACUAAGAUACCCCAGAGGCUCAUGGGAUUUGAAGUCACAGGCUCUACCCUGGGCAUCAUCGGAAUGGGAGAGAUUGGAUACAAGAUAGCCCAGAGGAGCCGAGGGUUUGACAUGAAAAUUCUUUACCACAACCGCACCAGACGAGCUGUGGAGGAGGAGAGGGAGGUGGAGGCAUGCUACUGUGAAAGUCUGGAUGACCUACUGAGGAUGUCAGACUUUGUUAUUGUGGCCGUCAAUUUGAACUCUGACACAACAGGAUUAAUUGGCUGGAGAGAAAUGUCUCUCAUGAAACCCACCGCAACGCUGGUCAACAUUAGUAGAGGCCUGGUUGUGGAGCAGGACGCCCUGGUGAAAGCUCUUCAGACUGGUACCAUUCACGCUGCAGCCCUAGAUGUCACCCACCCUGAACCUCUACCAAGAGACCAUCCACUCCUCAGCCUACCCAACGUGCUGAUCACGCCCCACCUCGGCAUUAACACAUACACAACAGCCAGGAGAAUGGUGCAGAGGAUGCUGGAUAACGCGCAGGCGGUCAUCAAUGGGCUCUCCAUCCCAGAUGAAGUCAAGCUGAAAUGACAUAUUAUAUUUGGGAGACCUUUUUGUUAAUGAUUAGUGCAGUUAUGAUGGCAUUGCCUAGUACAUGUACAACACACACUUUGUCAAAUAAAGUAGACUACUAAAUAUUA